UUUUUAGAUUCAGUUCUGACGAUUCUUCUCUAUUCAGCGGCAAGAUGAGAAACAUGCAUGCUAUUUUGCAGCUUAUCUCUGCACUCUGCAUUUUUGAGGUGGCUGCCUCACUUUUGGGGGAAAGCAGAAGCUCUUCCGAGAAGGUUUUCCCCAGGAUGAGAAGAGAGCCGAGCGCUCCGGCCCCCAUCGACUGCAAGCUGAGCAGCUGGAGCGAGUGGGGGCCCUGCGACCCGUGCACGCACCAGAGGUUUCGGUCCAGAAGUAUUGAAAAAUUUGGACAGUUUGGUGGAAAACCAUGUCUGGAGACCUUGAGAGAUUCACAAAGCUGUAAAACCAGCCAGGUCUGUCCAGAGGCACCCGAAGCAGACUGUGGUACUGACUUUCAAUGCGAUUCUGGUCGAUGCAUCAAGCAGCGUCUUGUGUGCAACGUGGAUAAUGACUGCGGAGACUUUUCUGAUGAGGAUAACUGUGAGUCAGAGCCGCGGUCGCCCUGCCGUAAUCACGACAUUGACGUGUCGGAAAUAGGCAUGACUGCGGGACAAGGGAUCAAUAUUUUAGGGAUGCAGCCCCUGGCCAGCCCGUUCGACAACGACUUCUUCAACGGCCUGUGCGAGCGCGUGCGCGACGGCAACACGCGCACCUACUACCGCAAGCCCUGGAACGUCGGCGUGCUCAUCUACGACACAAAAGCAGACAAAACCUUUACAGCAGAGUAUUACCAUGAUCGUGCAGAAAUGAUCCGAGAGGUUUACAUAGAGGAAAAGAGAAAUUUUAAUGCGGGUCUGUCUGUGAAAUACACACCUACUGAGGCAAGUGACAAAGGAUCCGUGCAAGGGAAUUUAACRUACUACUACAGCAAGAAUUCAAAUUUGAGUUCAGUCCUGAAAAGCAUCACAGAAAGGAACCAAACCUAUCUGCAUGUGAAAGGAAAGAUUCAGCUUGGAAGAUUCCAAAUGCGAAGCAGAGAUGUCCAUCUCACAGACAGUUUCCUCGAUGAUCUAAACUUUCUGCCUGCUGAAUACGAUAAGGGGGAAUAUUUCAAAUUCCUAGAAGAUUAUGGAACUCACUACGCGGUCUCUGGAGCUGUGGGAGGAAAAUACGAGUUUGUGUACGUGCUAGAUGAUUAUGCUAUGUCUCAGUCAGGGAUCACCGUAGAAGACGUAAAAAAAUGUCUUGGCUAUCAUUUAGAUAUCGGUGCAACAUAUAAGGGAUUGAAUGCCAGUUUUAAUAUUAAUGAUAAUAAAUGCCGAAAGAUUAAGAUGAAAGACAAAUCAACAUAUAAAGAUGAUGCAGUCAUUGAUGAUGUCAUUUCCUUGGUUGAUGGAGGGAAGAUUGAUUUUGCAGUUAAAAUAAAAGAAAUGCUACUGCGAGGAGUAAAAACAGUUAACAUAGAGGACUACGUGGAGUGGGCCAAGUCACUGGUUGAUGCCCCUGUAGUGAUACAGCAGCGGCCUUUUCCAAUACAUGCACUUGUUCCAGUUAAGAUGAGAGAUGCUUAUGUGAAGAAACAAAAUUUGGAAAGAGCAAUUGAGGACUACAUUACCGAAUACAGUGUGUGCAAAUGCAAACCUUGCAAAAAUGGAGGCACCGUCAUGCUGGUGGACGGAGCCUGUACGUGCAUGUGCUCUAGCUACUUCAAAGGAAUUGCCUGUCAGAUUCCCAAAUCUACACUAAUUAAAGGAUCAGUUGCCUCCGACGGAGGCUGGAGCUGCUGGAGCGCCUGGUCUGCCUGCGUGAGUGGAGAAAGCACUCGAACCCGCGAGUGCAACAACCCUGCACCAGGAGCUGGCGGCAGGCCCUGCCAAGGAGAAAGCCUGGAAAAACGGCCCUGUGGAGAAGCAAAAUAGUUGUGUGGCUCAGAAACGGACAACAAGAAGGAAUUCCAAGCUGAUUUUACAAAUCAAAGUUCCUGCUGGACAGUUAGCUACCCAAAGCAGUGGAAAACCAGGACUCCCAAGCAUCACAGCUUAAAUCAUCACUAAUCAAAACAAAGUUAUAAAUCAAUAAACAUUUUACUGGAGGUGAACACC